UUUUAAUUUUUAUGAGAAGUUUGGAUGCCCCUGAAAAUAUCAGGACCCCAGGCAAUUACCUGUGCUUGCCUAAUUGGUAAGUCCAUUUUUGAAACUCCUAACAGGUUCAGACCAAACCUACUUCACUUUUAUUCCUUCAUAGUGACAGAUCAAAAGCAUGUGACGUGGUUAAAAAAUAAAUAAAAAAAACAUAGAGUGGAAUUACUGAAUGUGACAGCUUCAGGAGUGUGGAACAGGUCUGCCGGGUCCGCCCCUUCCAACUGACUACUUUUAUUGGUGACACACCUGCUGGCCUGGGCGGAGCCGACGCACUCACCUUAACUGAGGGAAGACGCCGCCAGCAACACGGACGGAGUGAGAGGAAGGAAGGAGGAGCACACCGAAACACACUCGGGACUCCGGUUACACAAGUGGGCCUGAACAGCCUCCUGUCAUGUCGAAGAAACAGGAAAGCGGCCCUGUGAAGAUCAGCAGGAGCCAGGCCACCGACCUGACUCUGCUUAUCGCUCGCAUGCAGAAGAAUGCGGACGUAGUGGAGAAGGACAUCCUGAGUGCAGAAGAGUUGCUGGCUGUGGAUGCCCAGCGUGAAGGAAGGAACCAGCCUAAGAUCCACCAGAAGGAGAACGCGGAAAACCUGGCGGAGGCCGAGGGCCUGCUGAAGGACCUCUUCAUGGACGUGGACAAGGCCAAGCGUCUGCAGCACCCACAGGCCAACGAUAUAGAUCGAGAUGUCAGGAACCUUCACGACCGCUGGGUGAAGGACUGUGCCACCUACAGGGAACUGUAUGACCAGGUGCAGGACUUGGUGCCCGUGUCGAGGAUCGACUGGGGUCCCGCGUUGGAUGAAAAACAGAGGCGUUUAGACACCGAAGGAUACGGUCGCAGCCUUUCUGAUGUUGAGAAACAGAUCGCAGCUCACAACAUCCUGCAUAAAGAGAUUGAGGCCUACAGUGAGCAGAUGAAGCCCAGCACAACCUCUUCACAGGACCAAUAUGCCACACUCAAAAAGAAGUACGAUCAACUGUUGGAGAGCUCCAGAAAGAGGCGCAACCAUCUGGCCUCUCUGUACGAGUACAUGCAAAGCUGCAGCAAAGAGCUCGACUACCUGUCUCAGCAGCAGGACAGGAUCCUGCAGAGAGACUGGAGCGAUCGCAUGACUGACCCCCGCAGCGUCCGCAUGGAGUACGAGAAAUUCAAAAGCAACGGGCUGCUAUCACAUGAGGGUGACGUCAACCGGCUCCUGGAGGAAGGAGAUCGCCUGUCGGUCUUGAAACAUCCUGGCAACUCAGCGAUAAUGGCCCACAAAGAUGCAGUGCAGAGGGGAUGGCAAUUUUUCCUCAACCUGUGUCUAGCACAGGAAGUCCACCUGGACAACAUUGAAGACUACAGGAAGUUCCAGAUUGAUGCAGAGACCUUGUCCGAGUCCCUGGACAGAAUCACUUACAAUCUGGACCCGAAGUUAAUGGCUGGCAAGAGCAACUCGGAGGCCCUGUUGGAGCUUCAGGGAGACGAGCCAGCGGUAAAGAGGAACGAGCAGCGCCUGGUGGCCCUCAGAGAGCUCAGUCGCAACAUAGCACCUCUGAAGCUACGGCGAAGCAAUCCCACCGAACCCGCUAAAGUUGUGGCGCUGUGUGACUGGGACGAUGAAAAUGGAGCUGUGAGGCGCGGUGAUGAGCUAACAUUAAAGUCCAUCUGUGAUCAUGAGAAGUGGGAGCUACGGGACAGCAGCAGGAGAACUAAAAGGCUCCCCGGGGCGUGUUUCAUGGUGCCACCACCUGACACUGAGGCCCAGGAGAAAGUAAACGGUUUUGAGAAUAAGCUGUUGAACUUGAAGAGUCAGAGAUCAGCUAUAAUGACCUCACUGAAGAGCCCCACCGUGGAGGUGGAUCGCCCUCAGCGUGCAGUUUCUGUACAAAGAGCUCCGGAAGACCCCAAAGCUGCGCUGCUGGCCAGACAAAUAGACGAGCUCAACACCAAUCUGGACCUUUGCAAAAUGGACAUCCAGAAGCGACUGAGGGCCCCUCUGGACAACCGCAACCCAGCACUGGACCUGGAAAACAGGCUGCAGGAUCUCAAGAAAUCAUCCCUGACAGCGAGGAGGCUCGAGUCAGAGAAGGCCGCCAUCCAGAGAGACAUGGAGCCCGCUCUGGCCAAUAAAGCACUUGGACCCGAUGCCUCAAUCUUGCUGCUCAAACUCACUGCUGCCAACGCCAAAAUGGAUGACAUUUACAGCCUUAUUGAUCUUUAUGACAAAAAAGCUCCGGCUGCAAUGUUCUUGGAGAGGCAGAUGCAGAAGGUAGAGGGCGUGGUCUCCGGGUUCGAACAGCAGCUUGCUAAAGAUGGCGUCGUUCCCAACCAGACAAAGGCCCUGAUGAGUCGCAGCCGUCAGCUGCAGGACAUGCGUCAGGAGGUUUCCUCAAAGAAGGAUGAGUUGAACACAUUAGGCAGAGACUUGGACCUGACGAAGCAAGCGUGCAGCUCCCUGCAGCAGAAUUUUAAUGAAUACUGCCCUGAUAUUCGACGCCAGGAGAGCGAAGUGAAACAUCUGAAGAACCGCUACGCCAAUGUCAGUAGUCAGCUCCAGAACAGAUCUACUCUCAUACAGGAAGCAAGUAAUAAAAACCAAGACUUCCAGAAUGCUGCUCAGUCACUGGAUUUCUUUUUGGUCAAUUUACCAAAUAACACAAUCAGACGGACUGACAACGUGACCGAGAUAACAGCCAAGCACAACUCUCAGAAGAGCGUGAUGGAGGACAUUAACAGGAGGUCAGAUGAUGUGCAGCGGAUCAAGGAUCUCUCCCGAGAACUCCAAAACACCUUAAUUGAAUACGAGAUCAAAUCAAACGCAUACCGCGGCAUUUUGAAUGAAGACGAUGAUGAAGAUGAUGAUGAUGAUGACAACAACGGACCCAUUCUGAAAAAGCGCCAAACUUCAACGAUGGCUCAGGCAGUGCGGAGGAAGGAAAAAGAUUUACUGAACCGUUUCGCUGAGGUGUCUGCAGAAAAUGAGGAGCUCCUCAACCAGAUGGGAACUGCCAAGAACAUCAUACUUAGGAACGAAGAUAAAGUCAACAGUGUAGUUGUCAGUCAGCAGUUGCAACUGCAGAGCCAGAGGAAAGACAUGGUAGAAGCCGAGACCAUGCAGAAAGAACUGAAUGAGGAGACGUCGCGUCGCUUACAUGCUGAAAAUGACUUGGAAACAUACAGACAGAGAUACUUGUCCUUGAAGAGCAGGAGAGGAGUGGAGAGGUUGGAGGAGAGGGAGAUGGUGCAGUAUUACCGUGAUCCCAAAGUGGAAGCGGAACUACAGACUCUAAAAAGCAGGAUCCAAGAUGAAGGAUAUAAGAGGUCAAGAGCCAGUUCAGAUAUAGACAUUAUAAAUGGGAAAAUAAUCACAAUGGAAAAGCAGCUCUCUGGUGCUGAACCAAAACUGUUAGCCAAAGUAGUAACUGAGUAUGAAAGAGACCCACAGCUGGAAAAAGAAGUGGCCAAGAUCCAAAGUGAGAUAGAGAAGAUACGACUGGAGCUCCAAACCAGAGACUCUGAGACCAUUCAUGUGAAAAAUGAGCUUAGCCUCCUGGCUCAGCAGAAACCCAAAUUUAGAGAGAGGCUUGUGAAGAAGGAAGUGGUGAGACUCGAAAAGGAUCCCGAGAUGCUAAAAUCUGUUUUCACAUUCAAAAAUGAAAUUGCAGCAGCAGAAGCCAAGUGUCUGUCACUCAAUGACAACAUUUUCAGCAUUCGGAGUCAGAUAAACACACUGGAGAGGGUCAUUCCCACCAUUGAACCAAAAAUUGUCACCAAGGUGGUGAAGCAAGUACAACAAGAUACAGAAAUGGUAAGCGAGUCAAAUAAACUACACAUGGCGUUGGAGGAGGAGAAGGACGAGAAUGUUAUCUUGUUGAAGGACCUGACCACACUUCAGCUGAGAUACGGUGAAGUGGAGAAACUACGGCCUAAAUUUGAGAUUAAAGAGGUGAUCAAUGAGAUUUUCAGAGUUGAUCCUGAGACAGAAAUCCAGCUCCAUCGUCUGAGGAAUGAGCUGCAGAACUGUAGCCAAAAACGCGCAGGAAUAGAGCAAGAAACCGAAGUGUUGGUGACCACACUGACCACGCUGCGUACUCUGAAGCCCAAAGUUGAAUACAAGGAAGUGACCCAGGAUGUUAUCAAAGAAGAGAAAAGUCCCGAAGUUAUUCGGGAGUUACAGCGGCUGAGCAACCAAGUUUCACGUCUUAAAGUCAACUAUGACACCACACUUGAGCUGCUGAUACACCUACGCAAAGAAAGAGAUGGACUGAAAGCUGAAAAAUCCAAAGUGGAGACCAAACUUGUUAAUACAGAGGUUAUCAAAUAUGAGAACGACCCCCUGCUGGAAAAAGAGGUCAACAGACUCCGGAGGACUGUUAGAGAAGAGACUCAACAACGUCGCAAUGUAGAAGAAUGUCUCUUUGACCUUCAGAACCAAUACAUUGUCCUUGAGCGCCAGAAGCCAGAGGAGAAGACGGUGGUACAGGAAGUGGUGCGUCUGCAGAAGGACCCCAAGCAGAUUUUAGAGCAUGAGAGGUUAAACAACUCUCUAGAUGAUGAAGUCAAAGCCCGUAGGAAGUUUGAAAUCGAGGUGCGACAGCUCAGAGCCCUGAUUCAAGAAAAGGAGAACACUGUGGCUCAGAUGGACGAACGCCAGAAGAAGAUUCAGAUCGAAUCAGAGCUGCGGCAGAUCAAAGCUCAGAUUCAUCAGCUUGAGACUUCUCCAAAACCAGUUGAAGAAAAGAUUGUCAUUGAGGAAGUCCUGAAAGUGGAGAGGGACCCAAAGCUUGAGAAACUCAUGGAUAAUAUACGUGUUGAGAUGGAAGGAGAGGCAAAGCAACUCAAUCGUCUACAGAGAGAAAUCAGCAGCCUGAAGAUGAAGUUGGAAAUUCUGACAAAAGAAAAGACAACGGAAAAGAUUGUUUAUAGAGAAGUUGUCCGUGUGGAGAAAGACCCAGGAGUGGAGGCUGAGAGGGACCAUUUGAGAGAUCUUCUUGCACAGGAGAGAAACGUGAGGCGUGACAAAGAAGACCACCUUCAGAGCUUUAGAAUAAAAAUUUCCCACCUGGAGACAUCCAUAUCUGUUAUUUCGCAAGAGGAGACAACUCUGGUGGUCAACAGAAAUAACCUCCAGAGGGAGAAGGAAGACCUUCUUAAACAGCUAAAACUGCUUGAGACUCAAAGGCAGAACAUCAGCAUCACCUUCCAGCAACAGACCAAGCUGAUGGGCGAGAGAACCCAGAUGGCUAGGCAGAGAAGUCUAAAGGCAUCCUCUGAAGUACACCGGCUCGAGAAUGAGAUCCUGAAUGAAAAAGACAAACACCACCAAAUGGAGGCACUCAUUAUUGAGCUGAAAGAAAGCCUCAGGAAUGAGGAUCAGGCUGAAACUCAUACGAGAGAGACAAACCUUUCUACAAGGAUCACCAUUUUGGAUCCCGACACUGGUAAAGACAUGGCACCUUAUGACGCCUAUCUGAAAGGGCUAAUAGACCGCAAACAGUACAUACACCUGUCAGAACUGGAGUGCGAUUGGGAAGAAUGCACAUCCAGUGGUCCGGACGGGGAUUCAACAGUUCUGCAAGAUCGUAAGACUGGGAUGCAGUACGCUGUCAAAGACGCUCUGAGAGAUGGCCGCUUGACCCAGUAUGAUUUGAUGCGCUACAAGGAUGGCAAAAUGCCCAUUUCUGAAUUUGCUCUUCUUGUGGCAGGGGAAACUGGAAGACCUUUUGUUCCAACAGUAACAAGCCCAAAGUCCCCCAUUAAACCUAUCCCAAGCUCUCCCUUAAACUCCAUGCCAACUUCCAUGAUGUCCUCCUAUACCAGUCUUAAUAGUCACAGUGACAGUAACAACCUCUUUGCUUUAGGUGAUGAGCAAUUCUCUAUCUCUGGUGUUUUUGACACCUCCACAGAGAGCCGCAUGUCUGUGAGAAGCGCCUUGACCCGUAAGCUCAUCGAUGUUGACACGGCUCUGAAGCUUCUGGAAGCACAGGCGGCCUCUGGCGGAAUUGUCGAUCUCACCAAGAAGGACAAACUGUCUGUCCACAAAGCAGCUGAACAAGGCCUCAUUGACAAUGCUCACAUGUACAAGCUUCUUAACGCUCAGAAGGCCUUCACCGGGAUUGAGGAUCCUCUGACCAAAGAGCGUCUCUCUGUGGGAAAGGCAGCACAAAAGGGGUAUAUACCCCACGAAAACGCCAGGUGGUAUAUUGAGGCGCAAUACCUGACUGGAGGGUUGGUCGAUCCCACCAAAGCUGGCCGCCUCACUCUCCAAGAAGCCGAAGCAAACGAUGUGAUCGACAGCAAGACAGCCGAAGAGCUUCAGAAGGAGUCCUCAUACCUAAAACUUCUGGUUGACCCCAUUAGCAAAGAAAAAAUCUCGUACAAGCAGGCAAUGGAUAAGUGUAAGAUUGACAAGAGCACAGGACUGUUGCUCCUCCCUGCAGCCUCCAGUGAUGAAACCAAUUCUCCAUCAUACUCCAACUUUCGAUUUAGUUCUGCUCACAACAGAUUCUAGAUCGUGAGUUUAAGAUGAGUGAAAUGUUUGACACAGCCGCUGGUGCUAGAGGGUUCCUGGUAUUACUAACUCAAAGAUUAUAUAAACACAUAAUGAUAUUAAUAACCCGACCGUGGAUCUGGUUUGAAUAUGAUUUGGGGGUUUGCUGUAAAAAUCAGGGAAAUGUUUGUUGUUCCAUUCAGCAUUCUAAAGUCAAAUCCAAGAAUCCACACACCUUGUAUUGCUUUUUACAGACCGUUUUUUUUUAAACAAUAAUAUUUGUAUUAUCAAAACAUGUGCAUGUAUGUUGCAUAAAUGUGAAUCGUGCUUUAUAUACAGCACACACUUUAUAAUAAAUGACAAUCUUCAUUUUAAACAACUUUUUGAACAUCCCAGCAAGUUAAUAUUUGGUCUACAGAGAGCAUUCACCAUUGCCCGAGUGACACGCAUGAUGUAAACCAUAUUGGUUUUCGCACACACACACACACACACACUCAAACUGGAGUGGACUUUAUAUUUUACUUAAAAUAUAUUGGAUUAUGACCAAAUAAGAAUACAGCAACUCAAGCACAACAGACAACAAACAAUUUUAAAAAACAAGUAUUGGAUUGCACAAAUGGGGGGGGAAAAAAAAAAAAAAAAAAAAAAACUACUCAAAGGAACCUUAUUGCAAGAUAUAGUGUAUUAGCUGUGGAUGUGGGUGGCUGGGCGUCAUCUUCAGUGGCAGAUGUUCCAAAAUAUUUGAGCAGUGCUCCUGGUGUUGGAUACAAAUACAAUAUAAUUUCCAUGGAUUGAGCAUGUAAAUGAACUUGUUGUUACAUGCAAUUAAUACAACUAUCAAUACAGGAAUAGAGAGUACCUUUAAUUACAAAUUGAUUACAAAUUGAGUAUGUCUACUGUUAAACUUUCAGUAGGAUUCUAAGAAUGCUAACUUAAUUCUUACUUCGAUGCAAUGUCAAUUCGUUUGAACUUUUGUACUUUAGUACAUUUCAGACCUUACUUAGGUAAAGGAGUUGAAUUAGUAAUUCUACUUAAGAGUAUUUUUAAAAUGAGUAUCUUUUCUUUUGCUGAAGUGCAGGUUGUGAGUACUUUUUUCCACGCCUGGUCAGAUGCACCAAACGACCUUAUCUGAAUUUACAUGUUUGUCGGUGCCAGUAAGUCUGCGAAGCGUCUUUGAAACAACCGGUUUGAUGAGAUUUUAGCAGACAAAAAAUGCAGCGGUUAUCACGUCCAUCAGUUCAGCAAACAGUCAAGGCUAAUCCGCUCCAUUCAACACUUUUAGCAACAGCAAAAUGACUGUAUGUACUUAUUACCCAAUACUCGUGAGUCAUACGCUUUAAGGAAUGGAUGAAGGAUAGAGAUUAGAAAUGACUCAUACACUGUGUUAAGGUUUACAGGGUCAAACUCUAUGGCAGGGGUAGGGAACCUUUCGCAUAUCAUAUCAGGGGCCAGUUUUACCUUUUAAAAGUGCACCUAGGGCCAUACUAUUUAUGAGUUUAUAAAAAUGUGAUACAACAAUCAAACAAAUGCGUGUUAUUAUAGACUGGGGGCAUUUAUGGGUUAAUUGAGCAUUUGUAAUUUUUUUAUUAGAAUGGCAUGGUGGGCCGGAUUAAAUGCUCUCGCGGGCCAAACUAUAUAUAAAACCGUCAUUAACACAUUUUAUGUUGUGUUCCUGUAACUGGGAGCAGAGUCAUUGUUUUACAAUUGUCACUGCACAUUUCACAAACAACACAUAAAAUGUAUUAAAGACACGUUUAUGAUAAGUAACAGACUUUCAAAAGUAUACGGUCGGCGAGAGCAUUUGUGGCAGCCCACCAUACAAUUCUGUGUAUGAAAAAGCCCCAAACAUUUCUAUGAAGGGCCGUCAGGUACAUAAUUCAGGAUUACCUCACACACACACUGCUUUUCAAGACACGACCUGUCGCGUGACCAAUUUUUGUGUCUUAAAUUGUGAGCAAAAAUUUGAGUUAAAACACUAGCUACGGUGGGAGCGAAUUUCACAACAAGCAGCAGUUUGGCAGCUCAUGAACAGUCCACCCCCCCCCCCCCCCAAAAAAAAAAACGGCAAGUGCUUGCUUCAAGAUGUUUAUUGCCACUCCAAGUUGAAGUUUGCCGUCAAACUCGACAUGAAACAAAGAGAAUUAACAUUGUGAUCCCAAACCACGUUAACUUUGUCUCACAAAAGUCCUCUUGCUUAAUGCUAACACACAAUGCAAAACAGCAGCUGUAUACAUUCUUUUUAUUUACUGUAUGUUAUUCCUGCAUAUUUGUAUAAAGUGCAAUACUGAAGAGUGCUUUUUUUCUGAUUAAAAAACAUGCUACAAAAA